UCUUCACUACCCAGAAGUCCAAGACAUCCACCAUUACAGUCUCUGAAUACUUGAUCAAUCAGCACCAGUUUUCUCCUGAAGCUGCUUUAAUAGCUUCCUCAAAGCAUUCCGAUUUGGUUCUUUCAUUCCUCAGACAAAGCGGUUUCAUAUGGGCAUAUUUAACUUGUUUUUUUGUUGGAUUUGGGAAUUCUGUUUGAAUAUGGGCAUCGGAUUUUGGGAGUAGUCGAUAUCUUGAAGCAAGCUCAGUGACAUUGGUGAUCCUUUAUGUUUGCAGUUGCUUCUCUUGAAAUAACAUGGGAUGAUGAAGAAGAGAAACCAAGCUGCUUAUUCUACAGAGGAUGUUACCAAUUCUCCAACCUGCAAGGUCUGCACUCUUAACUUUUUUGUGUGUGCUUUGUCCGUGAAAUCUGUCAAGUAGUUUAACUAUUUGAAUCGUUUGUAUUAUUUCACAAAAACCCCUAGUUCAGUGUGCCCGUACGGCCUUAUGUAGUUCGAAAGUUCGUUAAAUGUUACCGUUACCGCCAUUGCCAUGCUCAAACUCAAACUCAAACUCAGAAAACAACAUCGCUUCUCUCGCUCGAGCCAUGAGAACCUUCCCUUCUUCCGCUUGGCUUCCACAGCCGCUACCAUGGCAGAUUCAGAUGCAUUGGCUCCUAAAUCCACCUCACAAACCUCCCCAUUUUCACGUCCAUUAGAACCCCGACACGUCAUUUCUGCACUUCUCCUCAGCAGAAGUGUUUCCCAGGUUAAGGAAAUUUAUGCCAAAGUGGUCGUCAAUGGAAUGCUUCAAAAUGUCACCAUUGCAAACAAGCUUCUUUACAUUUACGCCCAGCACAAAGCGGUCGGCGAUGAUUACGCGCUGUUUCGCAGCGUGGAAGAGAGUGACUCAGUUACUUGGAGUGUAAUUCUUGGUGGGUUUUCAAAGGUUGGAGAUUUCGUUGGUUUAUUUGGAAUAUUUAGAAUGUUGAUUCAAAAUGGUGUAAGACCCGAUAAUUACACAUUGCCUUUUGUGAUAAGGGUUUGCAGGGACAUGGUGAAUUUUGUGAACGGGAAAAUUGUUCAUGGCAUUGUUGUGAAAUAUGGGUUGGAGUUUAAUCGCUUUGUUGGGUCUGCGCUCGUUGAUAUGUAUGCAAAAUGUGGUGUGAUUGAGGGUGCACGUAAACUGUUUGAUGAAAUGCCGAGAAGAGAUCUUGUUACGUGGACGGUUAUGAUUCGUGCGUAUACAGAGUGCGGUAACGCUUAUGAGUCGUUGGGUCUGUUCGACUUGAUGAUGGAGGAGAGAGUAAUUCUUGAUAAGUUUGCUACAGUUACUGUCAUUUCUGCUUGUGCGAAGUUGGGGGCUAUGAAUAAGGCCAGGCUUGUGCAUGAUUAUGUACGCAGGAAGAAGUUUCCAUUGGAUGUGGUUUUGGGGACGGCAAUGAUUGAUAUGUAUUUGAAGUGCGGGUGUAUUGAUUCCGCGAGGGAUGUGUUUGUUGGAAUGGUAGAAAGGAAUGUUGUUUCUUGGAGUACCAUGAUUGCAGCUUAUGGUCACCAUGGGCGUGGUAGGGAAGCAAUUGAUGAAUUUUAUAUGAUGUUGAGGAGUGGGACAUUGCCAAAUGCAAUAACCUUUGUUUCGUUGUUGUAUGCUUGUAGUCAUGCAGGUUUGAUUGAAGAAGGUCUUCGGUUUUUCUCAUCGAUGUGGGAGGAGUACUCUGUGAGGCCAGAUGUUAGGCACUAUACUUGUAUGGUGGAUCUCUUGGGGCGUGCCGGGAGAGUGGACGAGGCCUUUGGAUUGGUCGAGAGCAUGACGGUAGAGAAAGAUGAGGGGCUUUGGUGUGCUUUGCUUGGGGCUUGUAGAAUCCAUGGGCACGUAGAGAUGGCAGAAAAGGUGGCAAAUUCACUUCUUCAGCUGCAGCCCCAUUAUGCGGGGUAUUAUGUUUUGCUUUCAAACGUUUAUGCCAGAGCAGGUAGAUGGGAAGAUGUCGCAAAGAUUAGGAAUCUUUUGGCCCGGAGCAGGCUAAAGAAAUUUCCUGGUUGGACAUGGAUUGAGGUGGAUAACAAGAUUUAUCAGUUUAGUUCUGGAGAUGAGACUCAUCCCCGGUCAAAGGAGAUUUACGGCAUGCUCAAGAACCUGAAUGAAAGGCUGGUGUGGGCAGGCUAUGUCCCCGACACGAGUUUCGUUUUGCAAGAUGUUGAUGAAGAAGGUAAGGUAAGAAGAUUGUCUGCACAUAGUGAGAAAUUGGCUAUUGCAUUUGCACUUGUUGCCACCCCUGAUGAAACUCCUAUCAGGCUUACAAAGAACCUUAGAGUUUGUGGCGAUUGUCACACGUUUAGUAAGUUUGUAUCAGCCAUUACACAAAGGGUGAUUGUUCUCCGAGAUGCAAAUCGGUUUCACUGCUUCAAGGAAGGGGUUUGUUCAUGUGGGGAUUAUUGGUAAAUGGUAGUAGGCUUAUAGUUUAUACUCUAGAGGUGCGAAGUAGGAGAAUUUAGCCAUAAAAUAGUUGUUUUUAUAUUUUUUUUUUGUCGUUUAUACCAGUAGUUUAGAUAUACUUUUAUCAUUUGUCUUGGUGGUUCUUUGGUUUCCGUUUGAUGUGUUAGCUAUAAAUUGCCCCAUUAGUUAUUGUAAUUGAUAGA